GCACAGCCCAACGAGCCCAACGAGCCCAACCAGGAGUCUCCCAAGUCUGUUCUCCGUGUGCUUAAUGGGCCUGAAGCCCAUGAUGGUGGAAACUCUUCUACUGGAUCGUCCGUCGGUGUGACAUCACUUGUGCCUGAAACCGUCCUCACCCCAGUUACUGGGACCACUUGCGGUUCAAUCUCUAGCGUCGGAACUCAGCCGGUCGGACUAAUGAGCAGUGGCAAUGCUUUACUUGCGGAGUUUGACAAGUACAUUGAGGCAAGAUCGACAAUGGCGAUGCUCUCUCCUGUUGGGCCUGGGCUUCCAGCUUCCGCAGCUUCUGCAUCGUUUGCUUCAGGCUCAAAGAGUGUUGGAUCUCCAACACUUAAGUUAACCUUGGGCCGUCCCAACCAAGCAGGCCCACCGAAGAAGGACCGUGCACCGGAGGAUUCUUCGCCGGAGGACAGCGGCAGUGGGGGUUCGUUCUAAGUCUUCAAGAUAUAAUCAAAAAUAACUAAAAUUUUUUGUUUGCUAAGAUCGGAAGGCAUUAUAGCCGUAAUCGUCUCUUUUUCCCCUCUAAGAUCGGCUUUAUUAUCUCGGCGGCUAACUACUUUGUUUGUGUGUGUUUUUGGAUAUGUUGUUCUCUAUGUUGUAAUGGAAACCGUCUUUGUAAAAUAUUGACGUCUAUGUAAAAUACCAAUGAAUGUUAUCUUUUUAAUAUAAUGAUGUGUGUUUAUGGCUUGACUCUUAUCUUUCCUUUUUAUCAACUCUCAUUAAUCUAAUAAACUUUUUUACUAUGAAUACGUUUGUAGGGGACGGAGAUCACUCUCCAACUGACCUAUACGUUGGUAUGUACUUCAAGAGCAGAGAUGCCUUCAGGCAACAUAUGGCAUGCUACGCAAUAAGCAAAAAGUUCAAGUUCCGGUGUGAAAAAUCUGGUCCGUAUGUCACGGUCUUGUCAUGCUGCGGAAACACAUGUAAAUGGCGAGUCUAUGCAGUCCUCAUCGAGGGCACAAAUGCUUACGAGGUUAGGAAGUUAGUGAGCUCGCACAGUUGUUCAGUUGACGAGAGAGCUGGAUAUCAGAGACAGGCAACAUCUACUGUCAUCGGUGAGAUGAUGAAGCCAAAGUUUGUUGGUUCUGGUUCCGGACCAAGGCCAAUGGAAAUAAGAAACAUGAUGCGAGGGGAUCAUGCAGUUAAUAUUUCCUACUGGAAGGCUUGGCGUUCACGUGAAGCAGCAAUCGACCAAGCAAAAGGCUCGUGUGUGGCUUCUUACAAAGCACUCCCCACAUACUUGCAUAAGCUUGUAGAGGCCAACCCAGGAACAGUUGCUGAUUUAGCAACAGAAUACCAGGAGGGAGUUGGCCACCGCUUCAAAUAUAUGUUUCUCGCCAUGGGAGCUUCGAUCAAGGGUUAUCCUUACAUGCGUAAGGUGGUUGUUGUCGAUGGAACUCAUCUGAAAGGGAAGUAUGCAGGGUGUCUGCUAACAGCCUCAGCACAAGAUGGAAACUACCAGAUAUAUCCGCUUGCGUUUGCUAUAGUUGAUGGAGAAAACGACAAGUCUUGGGAAUGGUUCUUCCAGAGGCUAACAUCGAUAGUCCCAGACGAGGAAGGUUUGGUGUUUGUUUCAGAUCGUCAUGCAUCAAUAUACCAGGGACUCAGGAAGGUGUAUCCAAGUGCCGGUCAUUGUGCUUGUAUUGUCCACUUGAAGAGAAACAUAAGAACGAACUUUAAAGAAAGACACCUUGGUUACUUGGUUGCAAAGGCCGCACGAGCAUUUAGGAUGUCUGAGUUCUACUCCACUUUCAACGAGAUCAAGAAAGUCAACCCGAGAUGUGCCGACUACUUAAUUGAUCUUGGAUUAGGUCAUUGGGCAAGAUCUCAUUUCCCAGGUGCACGCUACAACAUCAUGACUAGUAACCUGGCAGAGUCAUGGAACGCAGUAUUGCGUGAAGCCAGAGAGUAUCCUGUGGUUCCGUUAAUAGAGUUCAUACGUUCUAAGCUAAUGUCAUGGUUCUCAAAGAGACGUCAGUCUCUCGAAGGUAAUAAUGCUGCCUUGGCUCCUAAGGUAUUGGAACUGCUUGCUGCCAGCUUUGAGUUGACAGGUGCAUUUGAGGUCAAGAAGGUGGACACCGGAGAGUACGAGGUGCGCGACACGAGUGGUGUCUCAUUCCUCGUAAACCUGCCUGAAAAGAGUUGCACUUGCUACCAGUUCCAGAUGCUUCGCAUACCAUGUUCACAUGCAAUUGCUUCAGCAAUACAAGCAGGGGUUAAUGUAGAAUCAAUGGUUGCAGACGUGUACAGCGUAGCAUUCAUGAAGUCUGCGUACAAGGGACAUAUAUUGCCUCCAAAAGAAUACGAGAUUCACUCGGAACUCUCUUCGGCAAUGGAAGCUCUCUACCUACAACCUCCUUCAACUAGGCGCCCACCAGGAAGGCCUCGUAAGCAGAGAUUCCUGUCCCGCGGUGAAGUGCGUAUGAAGAUAACUCGAAGGAAGACAGUGUGUAGCCGGUGCAAGGGGAUAGGUCACAACCGUGCUACAUGCAAGCAACCAAUAUGAUAUGAAUGCAGCUACAGAGGGGAUUGAAAGCAAACGGAGGUGUACGCAAAGAAGGUGGUUUAAUGGCAUGCGAAUAAAUGUUGACUUGUGUAAUAGAUGUAAUAUAUAAGUGAUGCAUGUUCUAGGCUUGGGUAUGGGGAUUUGGUUGUGCUCCGUAUUAUUAUCUUAAAUAAAGCUUCCCCCUCUUUUUUAUGUAUGUUGACUCUUAGAGAAUUUCCAUUGUGUACAAGAACCAUAUGUUAUAUGUUAUAUGGUUGGUUGCUUGCAUGGUUUUGGCAGGGUCAAGAACCAUAUGUUAUAUGGUUAAUUUCAUAUAAAGCUGUAAUAUGAUCCCGUUAGACGGCUAUAAUAGGUAAGGAAUCAUUUUAACUAACCAAACCACUACUUGUUGAACAUUUAACAAGUGUUUAGUUUUACAGACAUGUUAGCUAGAUAUUUAACAACUCACUAAUAUAUUACAACAAUUAUACGGUUAAUGAAUACCUCAAAUAGGAUAAAUGUAUAGUU